AUGUCCCAGGGCUUACCACCACCACCAGGAUUUCCUCCAGAGCCUCAGGACUUCAAGGAAAAUGCCCAAAAGAUGAUGAUGGAGUGCUCCAAAAAAGGUUUUGCACCACCCAUUUUUAAGGACUCCUUACUAAACAACAUUCUUCCAAAACAAGUGUCAGGAAACCCCAUCCCAGUGUUUUCUGGUCUUCUUUCUUCUCUACCUGCUCUGUUUUCCUCUGUACCUCGCACCACCGUGAGACCUGAGCUGGACCCUGCAUCGGUCCUCACAGAAAAAGUCUGGAACUCUACUAACCUGACACAAAUGAUUGAGCCCAUGAUGAACAACACAGACAAAUCUAACUGUUUUAUACGAGCUCUGGUGGCCCCUCAGUCCUGGAUGACCAUUGUAACGAAUGCUACACAGCUUGAUGUAGGGAAUCUCAAAAAACUUCUGUGGGGAGCUAGACCUUUCCUGGAGACAUCAUCUACUCCAUUAGUGCUACCACAGACAGUGCAGAUGCCCCAACUUGCUGAAAUAAUGAAAAUGUUCAAUGACAUAUUUAGCUCUUUGACUGAAAGGCAACAGGAUCAAGUCAGACAGUGGAUGAAAGAUAAAGUGAUAGACAAUGACCCCAGCUGUAAGCUAAACCAAAGUCGUUCUGUUCUCUCCAGCAUCCUUACUCCAAUGCUCCCAGUAAAACCUGGACUCUUUAAUCCAUUAUCUGAUGGCUGUCCUCCAAAAAUGCCUUGGCUGAAAGCUGAUUCACUUAAGAUUAUGGGACGUUUUGUUUCACAACUGCCUGUUGAUGAAGUAAAGGCCAUCCCUACAGACGAGCUGUGUAAGUUUUUCCAAACCCCUGAGUUCCUGCAAUCCUUUAGCAAUGUGGGCAAGAUGAACACUGGGACUGGCCGGAUAUUUCUGCAACGACUCAAACUAGAGUGCCUCAAACAGAAUUUUUUAAACCAGUUAGACAGGCUUGGAAGUCUACUCUGUUUCCUUGAUGACACCCAGGGCUUGAAUGACACAUUAAGUAAGAAGCUGCUGUCCCAACUAGGAGAUUGUGAUAACUCUGGUAACGACAUGAUCAAAAGAGAGUUGGUGAAGAAGUUAACAGUGGAUUUCUUGGCUCCUCCCACCCCUGAGCUUCUACAGUCUCUGGGCUUCGGUGUGUCCAUCCUCCCUCCGUCCAAGCUGUCCAACUGUAGCUUCGACGCCCUAAAUAAAUCUAUGUUUAACCUGCGUCAGGCCGACUGGAACCCAGCUCAGGCCAAAAUCCUGGCCCAAAAACUCCUGCAAACGACUAAGAAUAUCACUGGUGAAAAUCUACUGUUCCUGGGCUCCAUGGUGAGAGGAGUAGACAGUGAGGCACUCAAGAAGGUCAAAGCACAAGGACUGCUGGGAAAUGAUGGCCUGAAAAACAUAAGUGAGAAGAUGUCUUGUUUACAGAAAAAGUCACUGCUGCUGGGGAUGUGUGCUGAUGCAAAUGCAACUAAUAUAGUGAGGGAGGUUCCAAACGCUCUCGUCCCAUUUCUUUCUCUCUCCACUCUGGACAAAGCAAACCUCACUUCUGUGGACCAGCUGGGUGGUCGUAGCUGGUCCCGCACACAGUCCCUAUACCUCGUAAAGAAGCUUGUGGGUAAUGGAAUCAAACCUGAACAAGUAAGAAAGCUGGGCCAGGCUGUGCAGGGUUUGACCUGCCAAAUGAUCGAAGAUGUCAGUCAAAGUGAUUCCUUGGAAGUAACUCAAACACUUGCCAAUUCUCAAAAUAUGCUCUCUAGAACACAGAUACGCUGCAUGGCUCUCAAACUGUUCCAGAGUUUGGAAGCACAGAGGCCCCUAUAUUUCACGACAGUUAGCGACUCAGAGCUACAGGCUAUUCCAGCUUCUUUGCUCAUUCACCUCCCUGCACAGGCGAUUCAAGGACUCCCAGCCGCUGUGUGUCCUCGUUUCCUGGAGAAAAUGAAUCAAGCAAACCUCUCCUCCCUACCUAACAGGGCACCAUCAAGGCUGGAACUCAAAAACAAAGCACUAAGCUGUCUGGGCAAGAGUCCAGCUGACCUGUCAGCAGCGGAAGUCUUAUAUUUGGGACCUCUUGUAUGUGAGGUGGACCCGACCUGGAUCUCAUCUCUGAACGCUCUAGCUCUUAACUCCACUCUGCAGGCACUGGCAACCUGCAAACACAUCCCCAGACCUAACAGAGAACCCCUGUUCCAACUGCUCACGAAAACCUAUGGAGAUCCAUCUACCUGGUCAGAAGAAGUCAUGAAAUCAUUGGGACCCCUCAUCUUACUGAAUGAAACCGCCCUAGAGAUGAUGCCUUCGAAAACCUGGCUAAAAGCAUCUCUGUCGGAACUGCUGGACGGCAUGGCGCCACAGGCUGACCCUUUGGCUCCAGAGGAAUUCCGCUCCUGGGCAGAUCCUAUGGCCCUGCAACGCAAACUGUUCCAGCUUACAACUACAAGUCCCCAGCUGAGGCGCAAAAGAGCCGCUACACUGUCCUCUAUGUUAGCCCCUACUUUGGCAGUGAUUGAGGAACUGGGGAGAGCAAACACGUUCUGGAGCCCUGUUCAGCUGACCAACAUGACAGUCCAGACGUUCCGAGAUGGCAUGUCUAUCCUGGGAGGGAUAAGAAACUUUAGUGCAGAGCAACUGGUGGCACUAAGAAACAAAGCCAUAGAGGCAUGGGGUGAUGUAACAAAGCUGAAUGAAUCUAAGAUUUUGGAGAUGGGCUGUGUGUCUGUGAGUUUUGAUCCUAAACAGCUCCAGAGCUUUAACAUUACCUCAAUGGACACUAUGGAAGUUCUAUCCCCAUGCCAAUGGAACCAAAUGCAGGCGGAAGCCAUCUGGUGGGGUUUUACGAACAGAACUGGAAUACGUGCAUCUAAACUCGGAGCGGUUGAUAUGUCAGGCCUGGGUAACUUUAUCUGUGGACUGCAGCCUAACGAGACAGAGCAGCUCAGUACCACAGAGUUCAAAGAUGCAGUGGUGGAUGUAGGCAAAGCCCAGUGUCCUCCGAACAUCAUGGAAUGUCUGAAGAAAAAAGCCAUUGCUGCCUUCGGUGAUCCAAAAGGCUGGGUGGAAGCUGACAUCAGUGCCAUGGGCAACAUAAUUGCUGCCCUGAAUGCCUCUGAGCUAGCCAGUCUGAAACCCUCAGUUCUGCCAUUGAUCUCUCCAUCUGCCAUUUCUCUUAUCCCUCCUGACCGCCUGUCAGUGCUGUCAUUAAGUCAGCUGAGGGCUUUGGGACCAGACAAUGCUGCGGCUCUAACACAGUCCCAGCGUGCUGCAUUGGGAGUAGAGCAAAGAGCCGCUGUGGAUGAAUCAAUCGGAGUAAGGUCUUCAACCCCAGUGCCAAAUGGAGUGGCACCAAAGCAGAGCAUGGUGGGAAUUGUUGUUCUUCUGCAGCCACUUAUCCUGCUGUUGCUGGGAUAUAUUCUCUAA